AUGGCGUCUGUUUCCUCCUUGGACAAAGACUUGCGCAUGUCGCGCUCAGCCAGGUACACGCCUGCCGCUGCCAAUGAAGCCCAAUCUUGGAUCGAGGGCGUGUUGGGCGAGAAACUCGCCGGCAAGGACUUGUUAGAAGGACUCAAGGAUGGCGUGGCGCUGUGCAAAUUGGUCAACCUCGCGAUUGGCGCGCCGGGCGUCAAGUUCAAGAAGUCCGCCAUGCCCUUUGUGCAAAUGGAAAAUAUAUCGCAUUAUCUCCGGGCCUGCAAAUCACCACCAUUGAGCCUUCCCGACCACGACAUGUUCCUGACGGUCGACCUCUUUGAGAGAAAGGACCCGGCGCAAGUUCUCCAGUGCCUUGGCGCAUUUUCUCGCGCUGCGCAAAAAGCCAACCCUUCUGCGUUUCCCACCUCGAUCGGAGGUAUUGGCGGCAACAAACCGCGCGAGGGUGUCAUAUCGCCGGAAAGCACGGGCACUCCCGGUAGGAGCCGGGCGCUGUCCAACGUCUCUCAGAGUUCGUCUUCACUGAGCGUUCGACCGGCGGCGCUCGUGCCUCACAAGACGGGCUCCUCGACGGGCUCUGGACGGUGGGGCUCCAACAACAAGAGUCCCACGAUCGAUCGCGUCGGGUCACCCGGUGUGAGCAGCUGGAGCAAGAAGUUUGACGAGGGAGUUACUAGCCCCGCGUGGAAUAUCGCUCAGUACGGUUACAUGGGCGGCGCGUCGCAGGGCAACCUCGGCAUCGCUUUCGGCGGACGUCGCCAGAUCACUAGUGCUGCUCCGCUCGUACCGAAUGCCGCCGAAAAGGAGCGGCGCCGGAAACAGCAGGAGGCUGAGGCCGAGCGACAGCGUCAGCAGAUGCAAGAGGAAGAGCAGAGGCGCAAAGCCGAGCUGGAAGCCGAAGAAGAGCGGAACCGCUUGGCAGAGGAGAAGCGCUGGGAAGAAGAGACUCGGAAGCAGCGUGACGAGGAGAAGCGCAAAGCCGACGAUGAGAAACGUAGGUGGGAAGAAGAAGAGCGCCAGUGGAGACUCACCAAUGAGAAGCGCCGUCAAGAAGAGGAAGAGGCUGAAGCGAGAAUAGUUGAAGAACGUAGAAAGUCUCAGUCGUCGCACAGCAGAAGCAAUUCGCAGCUACAGGGACAGUUCUUGAGCCAGUACCAAGCAGAACAGGGUAUCAAGCCUCAAGGAGCCGGCGGAUACGCCGAGCGCAUCAAGGCACUGGAGCGAGAGUUGGAGCUUGCUCGACAACGAGAGCAAGAAUACGAGGAAGAACGACAGCGCCAGCAGGGAACCAAGAACCGAAACCGAUCACGCAGCCGGCCCAGACUUCAGGAUAGGACGCCAAGCAGACAGGACUCGUGGUCGCGUGACGAGCGUGAGGUGCUCAAGACCCAAUGGGAUCGCCACCAAGAAGAGCAAGCGGCCGGCGUCAAAGCUCCCGCGCUGCCGAGCCGUCCGCUGCCGGACCCCAAGGUUAGUUCUCCGCUAAAGCCACAGCGUACCGGCGAGGCGCCGCCACCUACUCUCCCCUUGAGGACCCAGCGUACCGGUGAGGCUAGACCCCUCCCAGGAACCCCGGAGAAACCAAAACCUAACAGCGCGAUCAAGUCGCCCCCAUCUAGCGGACGACCACUGCCAACACCUGCAAGUCCCAACUGGGCCAACCGGAACAACCGGACGGAUAGAUUUCUUGCCUCUAACCCAGCCCCCAAGAGCCCACCUGUGCAACAAACUUACUCUCGCGAGCUUGGAUCUGGCGCCGAACAGGAUGCCGAGGACCGACGACGUAUGCAGUCUCAAUCCAAGACAAAGGCCGGUGGUUGGGCUGGAAAGUCGUUGUUAGAACGCGAGAUGGAGAUGGAACGGCAACGUCAAAAGGAGUGGGAGGCCGCUCAGGAGGAGACUGCCAACACUCCUCGGUCCCGCGAAGGCGUGGACGGAAUCGGAGGCGGUAUCGGUGGGAGAUGGGAUGUCAGCCAAUGGAGCGGGUUCACGGGUGGUGAUAGCCAGAACAAUGUCGGCACUGGUAUUGGUGCCGGCCGGAGACAGAUUGUCGGGCCGAGACCUCUGCCUAACAGGCCAUAG